UCUUCCCCUCGGACUUUUCUUCCCCUCUUCUCGCCUGCUCCCGUGCCCCCCUUUCUAUCCCGCGGCGCCGACUCGACUCCACGAGAGCCGCCGACUCCCAACGCCUGCUGCCCCGGUCUCCGUCGGCCUCUCCGCCGGCAACGAGCGUCCACCAGGAGGCGGGCGGCCAUGGCCACCUUCGAGCUGUACCGGAGGUCCACCAUCGGCAUGUGCCUCACCGAGACGCUGGACGAGAUGGUCUCCAGCGGCACCCUCAGCCCGGAGCUCGCAAUCCAGGUCCUCGUCCAGUUCGACAAGUCCAUGACGGAUGCUCUGGAGAACCAAGUUAAGAGCAAGGUUAACAUCAAGGGCCAUCUGCACACCUACAGGUUCUGUGACAAUGUGUGGACCUUCAUCUUGACAGAUGCAAGUUUCAAGAACGAGGAGACCACAGAGCAGGUGGGCAAGGUGAAGAUUGUGGCCUGUGAUUCCAAAUUGCUGGGACAAUAGACUUGCGCACCUCAAGGAAGGAAGCUCUUAGUGCGGUGUGGUCUGUCUGGGCGUCAGUAGUUCUCUUCCGCUACACACCUAGCCACUGCCUGAACUGAACUGAACAACGGCAUUUGCAUUGCCUUUUUCGUACUGUAUGUGUAUCUUGUAUACAAUCUGCUGCUGCUAUACCAGCCAGAGUAUGGCAUGGUAUGACAGCAAGCAGCUGUAAACUUUACUUAGUAGCACCUGUGUAACAAUCUUGGACUCGCUCGUUCUUGAUGUGUUGCUGAUACUAAUACACGGCACUGUAAUUGACGAAAUGACUAAAGGAAGAGUGGUGGUAGAUGUCCAAGCCGUCUCUGA